AUGUCCUCCAACAACAACGACUCAAGCCAGACGACAUCGUCCGACGAUGCCCGUGCUGACCUGACGGCGCAGCUUGAUGAUCUCCUCAACUCGGUGUCUAACAAGUUUGCCGGUGUUUCGAGCGAGAUAUUCGCUAAGAUGGACGAAAUGUCGCGUCGGUUGGACAACCUAGAGGCAGCUCUAAAAAACAAGGAGGACGGAUCGAAAUAA